AUGGGCAACUGCACCUGCUACUGUAAGAGCUGUCCUUUGCUGUGUUCAGAACAAGAAGAUGAGGAGACCGCCAAGACAAAUAGGGCCUACAAAUCACUCUAUAAUUACCAAUGUCAUACCCUGAUGGAUCUGAAGCUCAGCAGAGGGGAUAUUCUGGAGGUGAUUGAGGAGACCCAGCAUUGGUUGUAUGUAAAGAAACACACAGUGAAAGACAAGAAUGGAAUUGUUAAGGAGGAGGGCUAUGUACCUCGAAACUAUGUCAAACCUGUAACUAGUUUGGAGGCAAAUCUAUGGUAUUUUGAAAACAUCAAAACUCGCAUUGAAGCCAAGAGAUGUUUGCUGAGACCAGAAAAUAGUGAAGGUGCAUUUCUUGUGUGGAGAAGUUCAAAGAACCAUCAUUUCUACCUAUCAGUAAAGAAUGAACCUCAUGCAAGGCACUACAGAAUUAAGGAGCAGGAAACUGACCAGCGAUUUUAUCUUGUUAUUCAAAAAACAUUCAAGACUCUGUCUGAAUUAGUGCAAUCCUACUCCAAACAUCAGGAUGGAUUGUGUACACGCCUUAGUCAUCCAUGCGUCAUGCUGGACGUACCAACCCUCCCCAGUCUGUCAGUCGAUGCACAGUGGGAGGUGGACAGAAGCCUGCUGACCAAAGUGAAGAAACUUGGCAGUGGGGAAUUUGCUGAGGUGUGGCAAGGGGUGUGGGACAAGAAGAUAGAUGUAGCCAUUAAAGAGUUGCGAGCUGUCAGUCCAGAGAUACAUACAGAAAUAAAGAUCAUGAAGGAACUUCACCAUGAGCGUCUGCUGAAGCUGUAUGCUGUGUGCACUAUUAGUGAGCCCUUCUGCAUUAUCACCGAGCUCAUGAAAAAUGGCAGUUUGAAGAAGUACCUCAUCAAUCACAAAGAGAAGAAAGAUAUUGAGUAUUCACUCAUGAUUGACUUUGCAGUGCAGAUUGCAGAAGGCAUGGCAUACUUGGAGAGCAAGAAUAUAGUUCACAGAGACCUGAGAGCAGAUAACAUCUUGCUCACUGACAUGCAGUCCUGCAAGAUAGCAGAUUUUGGACUAGCUCAAUUUACUUUUCAAAUGGAUCAGAAUAUUUCUUCUGUCAAAGUUCCAGUAAAAUGGAUGGCACCAGAAAUCUUUGAUGGAAGGGAAUACACAACUAAGUGCGAUGUCUGGUCUUUUGGAGUACUCCUGACUGAAAUCAUCACAUAUGGAAAUAAUCCAUAUCCAGAUCAAGACAAAACAGCCUGCAUCCAGGCUAUUCAGAGAGGAGAGAGGAUGAAGCGACCACUAGACUGCCCUUUAGCACUCUAUGACAUCAUGUUGCUGUGCUGGAUUUUCAACCCUCAGGAGAGACCUUGCUUCACAGAGCUUCAGGACAGGUUAAUGGCUCUGGUUCCUGAGCCUGUCUUAGAGCUUGAGUAG